AUGGCUACACUUACAGACAAGCAGUUGUUUGAAUUGAACAAGAAAGCUGUUACCGAGGGUUUCAAGGUCAGACCUCGUUUGAACUAUAACACUGUUGGUGGUGUGAAUGGUCCUUUGGUUAUUUUGGAGAAGGUGAAGUUUCCACGUUAUAAUGAAAUUGUGAACUUGACUUUGCCAGACGGGACUGUGAGACAAGGUCAAGUUUUGGAAGUGAGAGGCGACCGUGCUAUUGUGCAAGUGUUUGAGGGUACUUCUGGUAUUGAUGUCAAGAAGACCACUGUCGAGUUCACUGGUGAGAACUUGCGUAUUCCAGUUUCAGAAGACACGUUGGGUAGAAUUUUUGAUGGUUCUGGUAGACCGAUUGACAAUGGUCCUAAGGUGUUUGCUGAAGAUUACUUGGACAUCAACGGUUCGGCUAUCAACCCAUAUGCUCGUAUCUAUCCAGAAGAAAUGAUUUCGACUGGUAUCUCUGCCAUUGACACCAUGAACUCUAUUGCCCGUGGUCAAAAGAUUCCAAUCUUCUCUGCAUCCGGUCUUCCUCACAACGAAAUCGCAGCUCAAAUUUGUAGACAGGCUGGUCUAGUCAGACCUACAAAAGAUGUCCACGAUGGUCACGAAGAGAAUUUCAGUAUCGUCUUCGCUGCCAUGGGUGUUAACUUGGAAACUGCUAGAUUCUUCAAACAGGAUUUUGAAGAAAACGGUUCCCUUGAAAGAACUUCCUUGUUUUUGAAUUUGGCUAAUGACCCUACCAUUGAAAGAAUCAUUACCCCAAGAUUGGCUUUGACCACUGCAGAAUACUUGGCCUACCAAACAGAAAGACACGUUUUGACCAUUUUGACAGACAUGUCCUCAUAUGCCGAUGCCUUGAGAGAAGUUUCUGCUGCUAGAGAAGAAGUUCCAGGUAGACGUGGUUACCCAGGUUACAUGUACACAGAUUUGUCCACCAUUUACGAAAGAGCUGGUAGAGUUGAAGGCCGUAAUGGUUCCAUCACUCAAAUUCCUAUCUUGACCAUGCCUAACGAUGAUAUCACACAUCCUAUUCCUGAUUUGACUGGUUACAUUACUGAAGGUCAAAUUUCUGUUGAUCGUCAAUUGGACAACAAGGGUAUCUACCCUCCAAUCAAUGUCUUACCAUCCUUGUCCAGAUUAAUGAAGUCUGCUAUUGGUGAAGGUAUGACCAGAAAGGACCAUGGUGAUGUUUCUAACCAAUUGUACGCCAAGUAUGCUAUUGGUAGAGAUGCUGCCGCCAUGAAGGCUGUCGUUGGUGAAGAAGCUUUGUCCAUCGAAGAUAAGCUAUCUCUAGAGUUCUUGGAAAAGUUCGAAAAGACUUUCAUUUCCCAAGGUGCUUAUGAAAACAGAUCUGUUUUCGAAUCUUUGGAUCAAGCUUGGUCCUUGUUGAGAAUAUAUCCAAAGGAGAUGUUGAACAGAAUUUCUCCAAAGAUUUUGGAUGAAUUCUAUGAUAGAGCAAGAGAUGAAGAUGAAGAAGAUGAUGAAGACGAAGAAGCUUCUUCCGCUGACAAGAAGCCUCAAGCCGAAGAGUCAUUGAUCUAA